CAAUACCAACCCCAACCCCAAACCCGCUCGUUAAAAAUGUAAAUGCGAAAAAUUCAAUACUGUGCAGCCAUACACGACGGUCGCAACGCGUUGCCACAAGAAAUAGAAGAAUAAAAGUUGAAACAGAACUCGUGUUCGCAAAAUUAAAUUUCGAAAUUCGCACACAAUUAGCAGCUGCAGUCCACGCAGCGCCAAAAAGAGAAAGAGAAACAUAGUAAAGUAGCAAAAGCAGCGAAAAGUGCGUGAAACGCGACCGGCAAAAAGGAUACAAAGGGCCACAAAGCGUACAGUGAAAGUGACAUAGGAGCAGCCCAUUAGAGCAGUUCAUAAAGUUGUUAAUCAAAAAGAAGAUAAGCAAAACACAAACACUCACACACACACACACACAUACUGUACGGCACUCGCAAUAUGUUAGGUGUGGCUAUGGAGCGCUGUUAGUGAGCUGCCGGCGCCAGCAUCAACAGCAACAACAACAACAAACACGGCGCGGACUCGCAGUCGCAGUCGCAGUCGCAGUAGGAGUCGCAGCUGUAGGGCGAGACGGAGGCGAAGAGGGCGAGAAAGAAGAAGCGGAAGCGGCGAACGGAGCAGCAGCGCGACGCGCCCAGCUUUAAGCGGCAGCAGUUGACAAACGGUAACGGCAACGGCGACGGCGACGGCAAAGGCUGCGCUGGCGGCUGCUGUUCAAGUUGUUGUUGUUGUUGGUGGCAGCGGCGGAGACACAGGCAGAGGCAGAGGAAGAGCCGAGUACAACAAUGAUAAGCACAUCCAGUUCGCAGACAUAACAUUUUGGGGCGGCAGAGAACGGCAUGGUGAAAAUGGAGUCCACUGAGGAACAGGAUAGAAAGCUUGUUUUGGAGUUUUGCCAUUUGCUCGAGAAAUCCAAGCAGCUUUUCAAUGGGCUCAGUAGAGAUCUGCCGCAGUAUGGACAUCGUCAGUGGCAGGCGUACUUUGGACGCACCUUCGAUGUCUACACAAAACUCUGGAAGUUUCAGCAGCAACAUCGCAUGGUCCUCGACUCCAAAUAUGGACUGAAACGUUGGCAAAUUGGCGAAAUAGCCAGCAAAAUCGGACAGCUUUAUUAUCACUAUUAUUUAAGAACGAGCGAAACGAACUACCUGAAUGAGGCGUAUCAGUUCUAUGCGGCAAUACGUGGACGUGCGUACUACUCGCGCGCUGCCAAGGAGGACCGGCCGGAUUUGAUGGUGAAGAAAUUGCGAUAUUAUGCACGGUUCAUAGUCGUCUGUCUGCUGCUCAAGAAGAUGAAGCUGGUGCGGGAGCUGGUCACGGAGCUGGAGAAACAAAUACAGGAGUACACGAACACCUACGAGCCGGAAGAUCACUUGGAAUGGUCCCUGGUUCUGGAGGAGAUCAAGGGCUUCAUCAAGGCGGAGGCCGCAGUCGCCGUGCUGCAUGCCGACUCCAAUCCCAUCAUCUUGUCGCACAGUGGUUCCGGUUCUAGGUUAUCGCCGCUGACGACGCCGCCGUGCGAGAGAUCACCGCACAUGACGCUCAGCCUGCAGGAGAUACUGAUUGUUGGAUCCGCCUGUGAGCAGGCCAAGUUCUCCGAGCUCACUAUGGACAUGUUUAGAAUGCUGCAAACGCUGGAACGUGAGCCCACGGAAUCGGCAACGAAUCCGCUUAGCAUGUCACAUGGGCUGCAUGGGCACGAUGCGAGCCCGGCGGCCAGUCGCAUACCACCAUACGGAGUGCCCGGCUCCAAGGGCUUUAUGGAGAAUGGCCGUCGAGACUGUCGAGACAAUCCACAUAAAUAUCUACUAUACAAGCCAUCGAUUAGCCAGCUGCUGGUGUUCCUCGCCAGCGGCUUCAAGGAACUACCUUUGGGCGGUGCUCUGCUCCUGUACAUGUCAGCGGACGGCUGUUUCUCCACCACCAAGCAUCCCGAGGACUAUGGCUAUGAGCUGGGCGGCUUGGGCACGAGUGUGAAGCGUGAUAGCGUCGAUGGCGGCGGCCUGUCGUGCCGCGGGAAGUCCUACAAGGAGAACCACUGUCUUUAUCCCGGCGAUCUCUAUCCGUUCACGCGUCGGCCCAUGUUCAUUAUCAUCGAUUCGGAUAAUUCGUUUGUCUUUCAGCAUAUACCCCGCUACUUUGGACAGCCGCUGGUCAUUCUCAUGUCGCCGCAAGAUGUGCCGCCCGCUUUUCAAGCCGAUGUACAGCAUCAUGGUUCGUUGUUUACAUUGUUCCUGCACUCCCCGCUGACAGCGCUCUGCUACAUUUGCAAUGUGGGAGAUGUGCCCAUUCAUCAUUGGGAACGCUGUCAGACCUAUGUGGAUCGUUUCAUAACCGAAGCCUCGCGUCUGGUUACGCGCUGUCGCAUCGAUGAGAUCGAGCAGGGCAUAGGCUUUAUAGACUCCUCGUAUGUUCAGUUCUUUGGGGACGAUUUUCUGCGCACACUCAUUCUACGUUUCGUGUUCUGUGAUGUGGUGCUGCGUUUGCAUCGCGGUUUCCGUGGCAGGCAUAUGCGGCCGCGCUGCGAACCCCAGCUGCCGGCUAACGAACUGCUCGAGCAUCCCUCGCUGUCGCACAUCAUAUUCCAGCUGGCAUCGGCGCUCGAUGUGCGCAACCAUUUCUCGGAGGGGCCCGAGUGCGACUGAUGACUUUUUUUGGCCGUAGUCUUAGCUCUAGUCAUAAUGAUAAUUUUCUACAUGAUGCAGCAGCAGCAGCUGCAGCAACAGCUGCUGCAGCUAUUCAAUCUCUACUGCCUGAACAGACAGUUCUCGUUGUUCCAUUAUCUGUACAAUAUAUAUUCGCUGGCAGCGAGCUGGUCUGUUAGCUGAAACUAGCUGCAGAUAUUCUCCAUUGUCUGGAUAUUCAAAUUUUGAUAACAUACCAGAUACGAUAUAUCAUAUGAGUAUAU